CUCACCCCGGCCUCCCUAGCCAGGCCAGCCCCCGGCCCUUCCCCCGCCCCUCGCGGGCUGCGAGCGGCGGCGGGUUCCGGGUCCUGUGACCGGUCAGGCGCUGCGGCAGCGCGGCGGGGAGGGCGGCCGGACUCGGGGAAGUUUCGACGGCCGGCGGGGGCUCCCAGGGCGCCGCGGGGAGGUCGCGGCCGGGCGGGGGCCCCGCCGCGGAGCCCGAGCUUGCCGAGAGCGGCCGUCUGGCUGAGCGAGGCCGGGGCGCUCAUGGCGGGCGGCGGAGCCGGGGACCCGGGCCGGGGGGCGGCCGCCGCCACGGUGCCCGAGACCCGCGAGCACCUCUUCAAGGUGCUGGUCAUCGGCGAACUUGGCGUGGGCAAGACCAGCAUCAUCAAGCGCUACGUCCACCAGCUCUUCUCCCAGCACUACCGGGCCACCAUCGGGGUGGACUUCGCUCUCAAGGUCCUCAACUGGGACAGCAAGACGCUGGUGCGCCUGCAGCUGUGGGACAUCGCGGGACAGGAACGGUUUGGCAACAUGACCCGAGUGUAUUACAAAGAAGCUGUUGGUGCUUUCGUUGUCUUUGAUAUAUCGAGAGGUUCCACGUUUGAAGCCGUUUUAAAAUGGAAAAAUGAUCUGGAUAGUAAAGUCCAUCUUCCAAACGGCAACCCUAUUCCUGCUGUCCUCUUAGCUAACAAAUGUGACCAGAAAAAAGACAGUGGCCAGAAUACUCCCCAGAUGGACCAGUUUUGCAAAGAACAUGGCUUCACUGGAUGGUUUGAAACCUCUGCAAAGGAUAACAUAAACAUAGAUGAAGCAUCCCGGUUCCUAGUGGAGAACAUUCUUGCCAACCACCAAAGCUUCCCUAAUGAAGAAAACGAUGGCAGAAUUAAACUGGAUGAGGAGACCGUGAAAAAAGAGAACAAAUCCCAGUGUUGCUGACUCAGCAUCUGCUUCUCUCCUGCGGAUGCAGCCUGAUUCGGUUGGAAGUAAAUUCGUGAGACUGGAUCAUGGAUGGUGGAUAUGCUGCUCUGUGAAUCUUCAGGGCUGUGCCUUAAAACAACAAGGAUGGCACCCCUGGGAGCCUGUGACAAAAGGGGACACUGGUGAAGGAGCCCCGCCAAUGGGUCUGCCUCUUCACCUGUGAACACUUACGCUUCUGUUGUUGUUGCCAUCAUAUUCAGGAUAAUGUUUAUGUCCUUUUUAACAUCUUUUAAAAUGACAGUUCUUCAGGAUUUGUUAAGACUUGGAAGUUGUGGCUUUCAGUGUGAACACUGUGCUGGUAAUAAACUUUCCCUGCAGCCUCA